UUUAUUCUGGCCAAUGUUUGCGGUAAUAAGUUAAAGGACUGUUUUUGACGGCGUGAGACAAUAGAGACCAGGACUGACACUGGUGUGCGUUUGUCCAUAGAGGAGUGCACCAUGUGUCCAGUUACGUUUCGGACAGAUUCCUUUCAGGCGAUGACUCCUAAGCGCCCUGGUAAGAGAAACGUCUAGUUCAUUUUUGUGAGUUAUUAGCCUGUGUAGCAAGUUGUAAAGGUCAAAACAGUUGAACAGACUGCAUUGAUCCGCAAUCGGGAUCAUCAAUUAGUCAAGAAAUUAGUCAAGGAAAUAACGGUAAAUGUUUUUGGCUUAGCAAACUAAUAAAAUAAAGGUUGUUUUUUCGAAAAUUGAGGCUUUGUUCAGCAAAAACGGUUACAAAUCGAUUAUUCAAAGUAUUGUCCAUCGCUAGCCACUACUUUUUCCCAUCUUUCUGUCAAUUUUCGGAUACCAGUUCAGAAGAAUAGUUCGCCUUUUGAUGCGAUCCAUGUGUCGAUUCAUUUUUAGUUUCACAUAAGGUAAAGCAGAUGCCCCGAUUAUUAUUUAAAAGUCCACAGCUUGGUGUUAAAACUAAGCAAAUUAACAAAAUUGGUUACGAAACUGUUUUGGAAGACUAUGGGAUCCAUCAAACUCCAUCAGAGCUGUCAAAUGCAAUAUCUCAGCCAACGAAACAACUUAAGGAAAUCAGCCUUAAAGAUAUCACAGAUGUUGCUUUGACCACACUAGCAUUUUUAUCUUUCGGAAUGUUUAUUUUGCAGGUCCUUAUGUGCAUAACUAUGAGUAAAGAAGAAACUAAUAAUUUGAUGAUGCUACCCAUGGAAGCUACUGAACCAGUUGACACAAAUGAUGGUACUGAAGAAAUACGGCGAAGAAAACGGUCUAUUCAACAAAGUCCCACAACAUUAAUAGGAGUAAAUCGACUUACUGAAACUGUGUUAAAGACACUUGAUAACAUAUACAUAAGUGAAAAGAAAAAUAACAAUAAUAAAUAUUAUUUCCAUCUUCUAUGCGGAUAUGGUAUUGAUAACACGAAAUUAAAAAAUUAUCAAAGAAUGUGGUUUAUACUUUACAGUUUGGGAACAAGUUGGCUGGAAGCACGUGCAUUAAGCGAUUAUUUUAUAAUAAUCAAAAGAAUCGCUCAAGCUUUUGAAGGCUGUACUUAAUUCCUUGGUAAAACUCGAGUUAAAAAGAACAAAUAUUUUAAGCUUAUGAAUGAUGUUAUACAUAUUUCACAAUAAAUGUACAUUUUUCAAUAAA